AUGGGAGGACAUCCAUCUAUGGAUGAUUGGAAGAAUGUUAAAGUUUUUAUUAAGUUCCUUGAGAUAUUCUACCAAGUCACUUUGAAAUUCUCAGGAACUUCAUAUGUUACUUCCAAUUCUUUUUUCCAUGAGAUCUUUAAUCUUCAGAAUUUUAUUCGAAAAUAUUCUCACAGUGAAGAUUCUAUUUUGAGUGGCAUGGCUGAGAAGAUGAAGGUUAAAUUUAAAAAAUAUUGGGGUACUUUUGAGAGUAUGAACAAGUUAUUAUUUUUUGCUAUUGUUUUGGAUCCACAAUAUAAGUUGAAGUAUGUGGAAUUUCUUUUCAACAAGUCUUAUGGUAGUUUGGAGGGAGGCCAACAGUCCAAAAAGGUGAUGGAUACUUUGACUCGCUUGUAUGGCCAUUACAAGAGUUCUUUUUGUGAGACUUCUAGUGACAGAACUGGUGGUCAAACGAGCUUGAUGGAUGAAAUUGAUGUCCUAGACAGUGACGAGAUGUGGCAAUCACAAUGGAAGAAAUAUUUGGCAGAUGAAGUCAAUAUAAAUCUGAACUUGAGAAGUACCUAUUCUUUAUCACCGAAGACAGUAGAAGCUCUUAUUUGCACUCAGCAAUGGUUAAGAUCAACUUAUAAAGAAUACAAGCUUGAAGAUCUUUUAGAAGAAAUUCAGAAUCUUGAGAUAGUUGAAAAAGAAUAUGCUGGCACAACUUUGAGUAUUGAUUAG